ACAAUGAAUUGCGAUACGGUUAAGGGAUCCGCAAUUCGAUUCGUGCACUUGGAACGUGAAUCGUCGAGUCAAUACGAUGUGAGUAAUGUGUUCAUCAAGAAUCUGGAUAAAAAAAUCGACACCAAGGCUAUGUUCGAAACAUUCUCGGCAUUUGGUAAUAUCCUAAGCUGCAAGGUAGCGCAAGACGAGAAAGGCCAGAGCAAGGGUUACGGUUUCGUGCAGUUUUUCACGGAGGAAUCGGCCAAAAAGUCCAUCGAUAAGUUAAACGGCAAGUUGUUGAACGAGAAGAAGGUAUACGUCGGCCGUUUCAUCUCGCGCAAGGAGCGCGAGAAGGAGCUGGGCGAGAAGGCGAAGCUGUUCACGAACGUGUACGUCAAGAACUUCGGUGAAGAUCUAACCGAGGAGGCACUGCGUGAUAUGUUCGAGAAGUAUGGCCCGAUCACGAGCCACCGCGUGAUGACGAAGGAAGGCAAGAGCCGUGGAUUCGGCUUUGUCGCUUUCGAGAGCCCGGAAGCGGCCGAAAGGGCGGUCCAGGAGCUGAACAACAAGGAACUGGCCGACGGAAAGAUGUUGUAUGUCGGUCGUGCCCAGAAAAAGAAUGAACGCCAGAUGGAGCUGAAGCGCCGGUUCGAGCUGCUUAAGAUGGAGCGUUCAACACGCUGCCAUGGUGUGAACCUGUACGUGAAGAACCUGGACGACACGAUUGACGAUGAGCGACUGCGCAAGGAAUUCGCCCCGUACGGUACGAUCAUAUCGACCAAAGUUAUGCUGGAUCAGGGUCGCUUGAAGGGCGUCGGUUUUGUAUGUUUCUCAGCACCGGACGAAGCCAAAAAGGCUAUCACCGAGAUGAAUGGACGUACGAUAGGCAGUAAGCCACUUUACGUAGCACUCGCCAAACGUAAGGAGAAGCGUAAAUCGCACCUGGCGAGCCAGUACAUCCAGCGCGUGAAUAGCCUGCGCAUGCAGCACAUCGGACAAGUAUACCAGCAGAGCGGCAGCUAUUUUGUGCCUACCAUUGCUCAGCCCCAGCGCUUCUACGGACCGCAGGUUGCUCCGGUUCGCACCGCACCACGCUGGUCCGCCAGUGCUCAGAUUCGCCCGAAUGCCGGCAAUCAAAAUGUGGCUGCAAAUGCACCGACCGGCGGGAAUAAAAAUAAAAAGUAUCGCCAGGUCAGUAAAGUACGCGGUGCAAACCAACAGGCACCGAACUAG